AGGAACUUACGCACAUGAUCCGCGCGCCGGCGCAUGAGUCUCCAUCGAGUUUUCCAGCGAUUUCAUUGCCGACAAGAUGGCGUUCAAUUUCAAUAUGCGAGGUCGCGGAUCAUCGAAUGAUACAAGGCUGUACGAAGUUUUAGGAGUGUCUAAAAAUGCGACCGAUACUGACAUAAAAAAGGCCUACCGUAAAUUAGCCAAGGAGUUUCAUCCAGACAAGAAUCCAAAUGCAGGAGAAAAGUUUAAAGAGAUAAGCUUUGCCCAUGAGGUGCUAAGUAACCCGGACAAGCGGGACCUGUAUGACCGAUACGGUAUGGACGGCUUGAAAGAAGGUGGUGGAGAAGGUGGAGGAUUCGACGACAUUUUUUCCCAUUUCUUUGGGGGUGGGAUGUUUGGGGGCGGCUUUGGUGGUGGUAGGAGACCCAGAAAGAUGAAGGGAGAAGACACGGUGCACCGUCUGGGGGUUUCUCUUGAAGAUCUGUAUAAUGGGAAAACCUCAAAGUUGCAAUUAAGUAAGAAUGUCGUCUGUACUGGCUGUAAAGGACUUGGUGGUAAGCCAGGAGCCAUGCAGCAAUGCCAUACCUGUCAUGGUCGCGGCAUCAAGGUCACAAUACGUCAGAUUGGCCCAGGGAUGGUGCAGCAGAUGCAGUCCUCCUGUCCUGAUUGCCGAGGGGAAGGUGAACGAAUCAAUGAAAGGGAUCGGUGCAAGAAGUGUAAUGGAGCCAAAGUCUGUAAAGAGACUAAGAUUCUGGAGGUGCACAUUGAUAAAGGCAUGAGGGAAGGCCAAAAGAUCACAUUCCAUGGUGAAGGUGAUCAGCAGCCGGGGAUCGAGUCGGGCGAUGUCAUCAUCGUUCUGGUGGAGAAGGAGCAUGACACCUUCAAGCGUAUCGGCCACGAUCUAUACUUAGAGCAAGAUGUAACCAUCACCCAGGCACUGUGCGGUUUCCAGAUUACCAUGAAACAUCUAGAUAGUCGUCAGCUGGUCAUUACUAACCCACCGGGCAACAUCAUUCAACCAGGGUGUAAGCGUGUGGUGGAGAAUGAGGGAAUGCCACACCACAGGAAUCCAUUCACCAAGGGAAACCUGAUCAUGAAAUUCAGCGUUGUCUUCCCUGAUAACAACUUUGCUACCCCUGACCAACUAAAGAAAUUGGAGAAGCUUCUGCCGCGCAGACCGAAACAGGACCCACCUGGCGAGGAAGCCGAGGAGGUAGACUUGGUGGAGUAUGACUCCCACCAUACUAACUCACAUAACCACCGAGGCGAGGCAUACCAUGAAGAUGACGACGAUGAUGAAGCUGGAGGAGGCGGUCCAUCAGUACAGUGUGCCCAUCAAUAACAUGAGACAGAAAGACUCAAAAGGGAUGUCUGUUAACCUAGACGAUCAAACCUUCAAAAAAUGUAAUAGAUGUGUGAUUAUUGGUAAGCGGUUAAAUAAAGGGCUUGGGGGAGUGUUGUCAAUCUGUGCUUAAUAGAGAGUUUACAAAUGAUGUCAACCAUGCACACGUGUAGCGGUCGAGUACCUUCAACAUGGCCGCAGCAUGUUAGCCCUUUGAGGACUGGAAACAGUUGUGAGAAGACUCAAGUAAUCUCUCUGUAGGGCAGAUUUUCCAGCAUUUGUUUAACUAUGAACAGAAAAAGGGCUAGGUUCACAAUUAUGACUUUGAAAUACAAAAACCUGGCUCAUUCUUUAAGUCUUUAAUUGAAUACACGAACCGUCGAGGUCAGUGAUUCCACUUUAGACUCAUUUCCAGCCACUCCACCCAUAGUCUGGCAUGUAACAGGCACUAGGAACCAGCCAGUUCAUGCUUCAUGGUGAUUCAUGAGCUCUCCACGCACAGUCUGAAUGUAAAGUCAUCUGAUACAGAAACACUGGCGGCAACUUUGCCCAAGUUGAAAUGUGUUGAACUUACGGAAAUUAGAAGAGUGAACAAUCUUGAUCAGAAAUUCAUGUUUUUAGCAUCUACAAUGUGAACUGUUUGGCUAGGCUAGCCUUUCUUUGCACAUAUUGAUUCCCAGUUGUAAACAGACUCACUAGAAAUGUGAGAGCACUUGUCAGUUCUAGUCAUCAAUAAGCUAUAAAGCAGGCUCCUCUAUUGUGGGUGGAACCUAUAGUCACCGUAAAUUACUCCAAUGUUCAUCAAGUGCAAAGACAAAAGAAUUUUGAACUUGAAAAGGUAAAGCACAUUCUCUUCACUCAUUAUUUAAAAAAGACCCUGUCAUCUUUUAGAAUUUUUUUUAAAUGAUCACACAGCAGGAUUUCCUUUAUGCACAGAGUAUAUGCAGGCUGACAAGAAGGCCUCAGUGGGACCCCUAGUCCAUGUAAGUUGGCCACCAGUCACCAGUCUUACCAUUGUCAUGCCAACUAAAGUAGCAGUCCCUUCCUCCCUGAGAAAAUAAUACUAAAUGAUAAUUUUUAGUAAACAAUGAUGUUACCUAAAAUAGACUACCCACAGGCAUUCAACUUUUCAAGAUACAUGUACACCGAUUUCAACUCUCACUGCACAGAGUUCUUUCCUGCUUGGGAUAUUCUUGCUUCUUGUGCCGUAGACCUGCACCUUUGUGCACAAUUGACUUUUCCUGCCGCAUGCACUUGCACACAAUGAAUGUUUACUGUCACAAAAUACCUCUGUGAAGCACCUUGUAAGGUGCAUUCGUACCAUUUUGCCUACUCAUCCCAGAGCUACUGAACAGAGAGGGUUUGGACAUCUGAGCGAGCAACAAACCUCAUAUGUUAAACUGAGCAUGUUGUAAAACUGGUUUCCAAGCUGUUGCUUCUGAAUCUGCCGUCUUUAGUAGGUCCAUAAAGAAAGCCAGGCUUUCACGCUGUGUGGAGUAACUUGAGCAAUUUGAAUGGAAAAAACAACGCAGAUGUAGAAGCUCACCAUCCUGCUCAUUGUAGGAAUGCCACAUGCAUCACUUCAUGAAAAGCGAGGACUUCCUAGUGUGUUCUUAUGUUUUAAGUCCAGGAAAAUUAGUACUGGGGGAUGUGGUAGCCACGUGACUGUCUUUUCACCAGCUCCUUAAACGGUCAAGCAUUGUGAUUGUCAUUUUGUGUAGUUCCCUUUCAAAAAUGUCCCAAAUGCACACAGCCUGCAUGCAGUGUAUAAAAUUAUGUGAAGUUGGUUACUGAUCAUGACUGCGUUGUAUGCAUAUGCAUUGUACAUACAGUUGAAGCACUGUGUACAUUUUGUAUUGGCACAGCCAGGCAGGUUGAACUAUUUGAACAGAAUAACUUAUUUAAUGUUAUGUAAUGUAAGGAUGCUUUUUUUCAAAAUCCUGCCUUACUGUAAUUUGGAAAAGUGUAUGCAUAUAUGCCGCUUCUUGGAUUUUUCUUUGGUAAUUUUUACAAGUAGAAAAGCCAGAGCCAAAUUUAAAUUGUUGAGUAUUAAUAAUUCAUGUGUGUAGCCAUUAUUAAUCAUUAUCUAUCACUUCUGAUUCUUCUCUAAGCUUGAUUUGGAGCUUUAACGAAAGCCAAAUAGUAUUGACAGCCAGUAUUGGUGAAGUUCAUUUUUCAACAGUUCACCACCUGGUAUUUUAUCGUGUCAAAAUUAAAGGGUAAAAUGGGGUUGCAAUAUGCGAUACACGUUCCCUGGGGUGAUGGAUGUAUGGAUGGAUGGAUGCUUGCCUCAUGCUUGUUCUCAUUGAGUGAUGAGAGCUGUCUGCUCUCUGUACUCAACUGCAGCCUCCCUAGUAACAAGGAAUGAGGUUGAGAGGACAAUUAAAUAUCACUGGUACUUCGUGCCUGGUACCCAUGCAAAAGUACUGAUACAUGUCCAUGAAAUUAUUCAUGUGUAGUGCAUACUCUGUACUAUAUGCAUGCUUUUAAGUGGGCUCAUACACGUACCAUGUGUCACCCAGAUGGAUAAAAGGUGGUAAAAAACCUGUCUUGGUUAUGCUGGAGUCAGUAAUCUCCUGCAUGAAGAAACAUGACAGUGAGCCAAAAGGGUAUCCCUCUAAGUGGUAAUUGAAUAAGGUUGUGGUGUCUCUUUUAUUUGUUCAUAAUUGUUUGGGGUGAAAUUUGUCAGUUUUUAUGUAAUGUGAAUAUUAAAUGGUAGGUUUGAAUUAAAACAAUGCUAAUUCAAAA